GCUAGCCAGGAUCCAGGCUGGCCAGGCCAGGCCAGCUCUCCCCGUGCCUUCCAUAUACACCCGCCCAUCUCUUCCCUUCCCCUUAUCCCUCGCUCCACCGGCUCGGCUCUCUCUGCCAUCCGUCUCUGCCGCCAAAUCGAAGCGGAUCGCGCGCGGGAGUUUGGUGCGCGCCAUGGAUCCGUGCCCGUUCGUGCGGGUGCUCGUCGGCAACCUCGCGCUCCGGAUGCCGGUGGCGCCGCCGGCCGCCGGCGCCGGGGCUGGGGUCCACCCGUCCACCUCGCCGUGCUACUGCAAGAUCCGGCUCGGGAAGAUGCCGUGCCAGACCGCCAACGCGCCGCUGCUGCUGCUGCCGUCCGACGGCGGCGAGCAGACGCCGCCGGCCUCGUCGGGUGCGCUCGCCGCCGCGUUCCACCUGUCCAAGUCUGAUCUGGAGUGGUUCGCGCGGAAGCCCUCGCUCUUCUGCCCUUCCCGUGGGGCGGCGGUCCUCAAGGUGUCCGUCUACGCCGGCCGGAAGGGGACUACCUGCGGCGUCAGCACGGGGCGGCUCCUCGGCAAGGCUACCGUGUCCCUCGAUCUCAAGGGCGCCGAGGCCAAGCCCGCGGUGCUGCAUAGCGGCUGGAUAUCCAUCGGCAAGCGCGCCGGCGGCGGGAAGGGUGGCAACGCGGCCGCGGAGCUCAGCCUGACUGUCCGCGCGGAGCCCGACCCGCGGUUCGUGUUCGAGUUCGACGGCGAGCCGGAGUGCAGCCCUCAGGUGAUGCAAGUCCGGGGCAGCAUGAAGCAGCCCAUGUUCACCUGCAAGUUCGGGUGCCGCACCAACAGCGACCUCCGGAGAUCAAUGGUGCCCAAGACGGAGCGGGAGGCGGCGGGCAAGGAGCGCAAGGGGUGGUCCGUGACGGUGCACGACCUCUCGGGCUCCCCCGUGGCGCUGGCCUCCAUGGUGACGCCGUUCGUGGCCUCGUCGGGGUCGGACCGCGUGAGCCGGUCUAACCCGGGGGCGUGGCUCAUCCUCCGCCCCGCGGGCGACGGCGCGUGGGAGCCCUGGGGGCGCCUCGAGUGCUGGCGCGAGCGCGGCGGCGCCGGCUCGUCGGACAGCCUCGGCUACCGCUUCGACCUCCUCGUCCCCGGCGUCGACCACGCCGUCCCCAUCGCGGACUCCACCAUCGCCGCGUCCAAGGGCGGCAAGUUCGCGCUCGACCUGACCGCCGCGCACCCCCUGAGCCGCGGCGGCACCCCGGGCUGCAGCCCGCGUGGCAGCGGCGACCUGAGCCAGUGGCCUCUGGGGAGCUACCGGGGCUUCGUGAUGUCGGCGGCGGUGGAGGGUGAGGGCCGGUGCAGCAAGCCCACGGUGGAGGUCGGGGUCGCGCACGUCGGGUGCGCCGAGGACGCGGCGGCGUUCGUGGCGCUUGCGGCGGCCGUGGACCUGAGCAUGGACGCCUGCAGGCUCUUCUCGCACAAGCUCAGGAAGGAGCUCUCGCACCUGAGGUCCGACGUUCUCCGGUGACCGGCGGACUCGGUCGGAUCACAAGCAAAAUUGUACAAAGGCAGCAGUAGUUGAGAAUCUAGGCAGUUUAGAUGUUCUUUAGUUGGUUUGUUGAAGUAGUUCGAUUUUGGUGAUCGGUUAGCUGGUUCAGAUCGCUUUAUUUUUUGUGAGCGGCAGUGAGGCGUGGUGUGAUUUUUUGUGGUUGGCUAGUUCACUUUUAGCCUUCUUCCUCUAUAAACAUGAGAGCUUUUGUGAUCAUCUACAA